AUGGCUACCCCUCCAGAAAACCCAGAUUCUACCUCGAAUUUCAAGAUAGAAGAUGGCAAUGUUGCGGACAACAACCCUCAUCCGCUGAUAUCUGGAACUUCACAAGCCACCGCAUCUUCAUCAGUACCAGUCACGAGUGGUUUUGACAACCCGAAUACCCUGGAAGGAACCAUAAUCGUCCAGCACGCCGCCUCCAGCCAGCAUUCAUCCAAUGCUUCCCAUUUCGUAGUUUCUGAAGCUGGUGCUAGCGGGCCUCGCAGAGGAUCUUCCCCCAACAUCUUGCCCCACGGCCAUACGAUUCCUCCUUCUUUAGAUUGGGGGACAUCGAACGGGGAAGGUACCGGUGAUAUCAAUUCCAAUGAUCAAACGGUGUACAAGCUCGAUAAGGACGAGUUGCAUACUGAUAGCGACCCUGACUUCCGCCAUUCAAGGGGCUCCUUUGCGGCGCUCCCCCCAUCCGGUGCGAUGCCUUCCUUCGCACAUACCACCGACUCUGUGGCGAACAACGCGGACGGCACGAAUACGUCCAUCAAUAGGCCCACCACUUCUGGUGUCUCCGAAGAGAUUUACAAUGAUUCGUCGACUCGCAAGAGCAAGCAAUACGUUCUUUCCGACGGCUCUGUUGUGUCUGGCAAAGGGUUGGGAAGGGGCCGACCGGGCGUCAAACGGGGUCCACGAACUACGAAAGACAAAUCACAUGAAGGCAUCCCUUUGGCUGCACCAGAUACAUCCACUGGGGGUUUGGAGCAACCAAGCAAGAAGCGCAAGAGUGCCGAUGGAAACACGAUGAAUGCCAGGUCAACAACGGCGGAUUCAGCUACGACCCAAUCUCGAGAGUCUUCGGAAGAGUACAAUCCAACUGGGCACACAAGGUCAGGGCGCCAAACGCAGAAACCCGUCAAUUUGACCAAUGAGAAUACAGCUAGCGCAAGCCCGAGCAAGCCUUCGCGAGCUGGUUUCAAUCACACUCCCACCCCAUCGGCCUCCGCCAAAACUCACCCCAAGAUUAAGAGGAGAAUUUAUCGAGGCCGUGAACAGUUCGCUCUCUGUGAGCAUUGCUUGCGAGGGCAUGGACCGCCAGGCAACGUCAUCGUUUUUUGUGAUGCAUGCAAUAAAUGCUGGCAUCAGAGAUGUCAUGAUCCUCAAAUAUCUAAACAGACAGUCUCUGACGCCAAGGCUGAAUGGUAUUGCACUGAAUGUGACCGGAUUCUACAUGGCAAAAAGGCGAAGAAGAUCAACACGAAAACGAAGGUCGCGCCUGUCCCCCCAGUAGUUCCACCCACGCCGGUUUACGCAGGGACUCGAGUUGGUGGACGAUUCUUACUACCUGACCAGAAGCUGGCUUAUCUGCACACAUUGUCCAAAGAGAAUUUGAUUUCACUCCUGAUGCAUGCGUCAGAUCUCGCGCCUGACUUACCCAUUUUCCAGACUCUUGUGACACCAGCUCAGCCAAGUACAGUUCCUCAGGCUCAGUUUACGUCUACAUAUGUCACUCCGGUAACUGAUACGCCCACCUCGCGCGACGCGGAUGGCGGAGAUGCUGUCGAUGAAGGUUACGAUGGCUACUACGACGAGCACGCGGCCUUGUACCCCAAACCAGGCAACGGAAUACGUUUACCUCCCGAAAGAGAGGAUUUGCACAUGUUGUUGGAGGGCAAAGACAGCAAGACAUUCAGCCACUGGGUUCGGGGAAUGCCGGGGAACGACUACAGCGGAUCUGGAAAUGUCAUGAAUCGCUGCUGA